GGGGCAUUGUGGGAAGCGGCUGCCGGGCUGAGGCGAUCGAGUUGGAUUUAAAGGGCCCGGCCCGGCUGCGCGGAGGGGACGGUUGGAGCCAGCGGGCCCCGCCGAGUGGGGGGUACCUGCCUGCUUUGAUGAGCAGGGUAUUCAGAUCUGCAUGCUAUGCAUAGAGAGAGGUUUGGUGGAAGGUGGCCUCCCUCUGGAAGGGACUCUGGACUCUUGUUAACUGCUGGAGCGGCUGCAACUCUCUGGGCGGGCGUGUAGGUGAAGGACUAUGUCCACAAUGGUGUACCCAAGGGAGGAGAAGCUGGACAAGCUGAGCCAGGAGGAGAUCAUCUGCAACACCAAGCUGGUGAUGCAGGGGUUGGAGGCCCUCAAGAACGAGCACAACUCCAUCCUGCACAGCCUGCUGGAGACCAUCAAGUGUCUGAAGAAGGAUGAGGAGGCCAACCUGGUGCAUGAGAAAUCCAAUCUGCUUCGCAAGUCGGUGGAGAUGAUUGAGCUGGGGCUUGGGGAGGCUCAGGUAAUGAUGGCUCUGUCCAGCCACCUGAAUGCAGUGGAGUCAGAGAAGCAGAAGCUGCGUGCCCAGGUGCGGAGACUGUGCCAGGAGAACCAGUGGCUGCGAGAUGAGCUGGCCAACACCCAGCAGAAGCUGCAGCGCAGUGAGCAAACGGUGGCCCAGCUGGAGGAGGAGAAGAAGCACCUGGAGUUCAUGAACCAGCUGAAGAAAUACGAUGAGGACGUCUCACCAUCGGAGGAGAAGGAAGGGGACUCCACAAAGGACUCCCUGGAUGAUCUGUUCCCGAAUGAAGAAGAGGAACAUGGCCCAGGAAUGCCCCACCAGCACAGCAGUGCGGUGGCAGCCGCCCAGCAGGGUGGCUACGAGAUCCCAGCACGCCUGCGUACCCUCCACAACCUGGUGAUCCAGUACGCCUCGCAGGGGCGCUACGAGGUAGCUGUGCCGCUCUGCAAGCAGGCACUGGAGGACCUGGAGAAGACAUCAGGCCACGACCACCCCGAUGUGGCCACCAUGCUCAACAUCCUGGCGCUGGUGUACAGGGAUCAGAAUAAAUACAAAGAGGCAGCCCAUCUGCUGAACGACGCACUCUCCAUUCGCGAGAAGACGCUGGGGAAAGACCACCCUGCAGUGGCCGCGACCCUCAACAAUCUGGCUGUUCUUUAUGGCAAGAGAGGAAAGUACAAGGAGGCAGAGCCGCUGUGCAAGCGAGCCCUGGAGAUCCGCGAGAAGGUUCUAGGCAAAGACCAUCCAGACGUGGCCAAGCAGCUGAACAACCUGGCACUGCUGUGCCAGAACCAGGGCAAGUACGAGGAGGUGGAAUACUACUACCGCCGGGCACUGGAGAUCUACGAGAGCCGCCUGGGCCAUGACGACCCCAAUGUGGCCAAGACGAAGAACAACUUGGCCUCCUGCUACCUGAAACAAGGCAAAUACAAGGAUGCUGAGGUGCUGUACAAGGAGAUCCUCACCCGCGCCCAUGUGAAGGAGUUUGGCUCUGUGGAUGAUGAGCACAAGCCGAUCUGGAUGCACGCGGAGGAGAGGGAGGAGAUGAGCAAGAGCAAACAGAGAGAUGGUGACCCCUAUGCAGAGUACGGCAGCUGGUACAAAGCCUGCAAAGUCAGCAGCCCCACAGUGACCACCACCCUGCGGAACCUAGGCGCUUUGUACAGGCGCCAGGGCAAGCUGGAAGCAGCAGAGACGCUGGAGGCAUGUGCAGUGCAGUCUCGGCGGCAGGGCAUUGACCCCAUUAACCAGACCAAGGUGGUGGAGAUUCUGAAGGAGGGAGCCGGUGCGGAGCGGAGGAGGAGCCGUGACAGCCUGGCGGGCACUGUCAAGUAUGAGAACACCACAGACGGGAGUGAGGAAGUGAGUAUGGGCGUGCAGUGGAGCAGGGCUUAAAUGCCUCCUGAGACUCCCUCUUUCCCUUCCACUACAAUCACCUGGAUGUAUGUGUUGUACCUUCCGACUUUUCCUCCGCACCAUCCCUCCUUCCACCACUCCUGCUUUCCUCGGCAAGGACUCCACGCCAGUCCCCAGCCUACCUUCCCAGCACGCGAGGGGCGCCACGGCACCUGCAGAGGAGCGCCUGGCUGCAGGGGCUCAGCCGCUGUACUCUGUCAGCCAGCAAGAGAGCAGGAAGAAUCUGCGUGGAGCUGCCUGCUCCCCCUGGCCAGGGCAGGGCCGCUGCAGGGAUCCCUCUGGCCCCCGACCUCUGCUUCUGUCCUUGUGUCACUGGGGCCUGGCCUGCUGGUGGAAAGUGUCCUCGCUUCCUGGGUGUGCACCACACACCCAAAGGAGCUCACACUCCCGCAUCAUCCCACAGCCUGCUCUGCAACACGCACCCCCCGUCCGCCCUGAGCCUGCCAGCCUGCUCCCGGCUCUUCCCCUAGCUGCCAGGGCACAGGGAGGCUAUGGGGGGUACUGUUUGGGGUGUGCAGGCCUGGGCCGCAUGGGGAUGUCUGCUGGGCUGUGUGUGGGCACUUGGUUCCCUGCAGCCUUGUAUCCCAUUAGAAUGGGCCUGUGUCUGGCACCACAGAGGCCUGGGCGAGCAAGGGUGGCUCUGGUCUGUGGGCGCUGAGGCCCUGCUCUGACUCGCAGGAUGGUAGCGCUGGGCUCUGAGGACUGAAACAGGUGCCAAGGCCGAGGGGAGAGGGGGCUGCCUAAAGCAAGAGGUCCCACCCUGCAAGCAGGGGCUGUUGAUCCAGACUCCCAGUCAGGGUUGGGGGCAGCAGCUGAAGGGGCUGGGGGAGGCAGGGGCUGCGGGAUGCAGACAUGGGACAAGCACUGCUAUGUGUGGCUUGUUGAGUCCUGGCCUCUCUGCUGAGACCGGAGGGCGGGGUAUCCACCUGGGCUCCCUUAUGGCCCUGGGGUGACUGUGCUGAGAAAACGGUUCCAACCCAGCCUGCGUUUCCUCAGUAGCCCCAUUUGGGAGGGGACGGGUCUGGGGAGUGAGGGGUGAAGCAGCAUGUGCAGUGCUGCUCCUUUAAGAGGAAGAGAGCAGGGAAUGAAGGAGCAGAGGCUGGAGCCAUGUGUAGCCACAGUGGCAAGGGAAGGGAGCAGGCAGGCCCCAGCUGGAGCUGCCAGCAGGAGGCCCACAUGGGAUGGGGCUGCUCACCUGCAGCAGGGUGAAUUGCUUUUGGGAGGAGCAGUCGGGAGGGCUGAGGGAGGCGGGGGCAUUCCAGAGGAGGUGGGGGGUGGAGGGAGAGAUGGGAUGAGUUCGGGGUUGGCUGUAGGGAGGUAAGGGAGUGGUGGGGGAGGAGGCAGAGCAGGGCAUGUUUCUGAGGUACAAGGGGGGACUUGGACUGGGGAGUCCCCACUUCCUUCUCCCAGACCAGCUGAUGCCCAGACAGCAGUGGAGCAGCCUCGACCUAGGCCUUAGGGACUUGGGCUGGGAGCUGCACUCAGACUCCAGGGUCACUGCCUUGCACUUAGGAAGAGGCUACAGGGGUGGUGGGAGAAAGGUCGGUUACCCCCCUGCUGCAGACAUAGGGGCUGAUGCUGAGACCACAGCUCCCUUCAGACAGGGCUCCCGGCAGCAGGACUGGCUCCCAGCCCAUUGGCGGGGCAUAGAGAAGAGAGCUAGGAAGGACCGCCCAGAGGAUUCAAGGGGCCUGGGGUCUUCAGUGGUGGGGGCAUAGAGAAGAGAGCUAGGUGCUGCCUGUCACUGUCGCAGGGGCUAUGGGAGCUGGCAGGGCUGCAGCAGCCUAGAAGGGGUCUCCUAGGACCCUCUGCACAAGGGGAUGCAGUGUGGGGGGCUGUAUUGGAAGGGGGGCAUUUGCCUGGGGCUCUAUGCCACGGGGGGUCGCCUGCCCUAGGGCUCGGUGGCCCAGGAUGGGUUGCCUUGCAAGGGGGGACGUUAGCCCUGGAGGUCUGUGCCCUAGUAGGGGUUGUGGGGCAGGGCUCUGUGUGGCCUGUGGGAAAGCCAACCCUUGCUGCUGGCAGCCCCUCUAGGCCUGGGAUCCAGUGGAGAGGGGGAGGGGAGUCUCUACUUCAGGGAACCAGAGCCCUGUUAAUGCCAGAUGCACAGCAGCUGCUGCCUUCCUGUCCUGAGUGCAGAGGAGACCCUGCUGAGGGGUGCUGGGCUCCCAGCUUGCUCCCUGGUAGCCUACAGCCCAGUGCCCAUGCAACCAUGCUCCAGCCCCAAGCAAGCCCGGGGCCAGGACACUGUGAGGAAGUCUCUCCUUGGUGGCUGCUCCCAGUGCCCCCCCAGAGAGCCGUAAACCAGCCCCUGCUUCUGCAUCUCCUCCCGCCGUGCCUUGGGCCCCUGCAUGGCUGUGCACUCCACCUGCCACCGGGUUAGUCGGUGGUCUGCUUCUGGCACUGGGCGUGGGGAGCGCCUCUACGGCGGCGCGUCUCUCUGACGUGAACUGGGGCUCCCCAUCGAUGCUGUGAACAAACUUACCUCCAAUUAAAGGCAGCCAGACCUGAA